GUUUAUCAAACAGGGGCAGAAAGCUCUUUCGGAACUCUGCAGCCGCAGCGGCUCUGAUUAUUUCACCAUCGGGGUUCGGUCCAACAUGGCAGCUUACGGAUGGAAAUACUGAUGACAGUCCGAAAGAUCGCCUCGAUUUGUACGAUGGGCGCCAAUGCCUCUGCCUUGGAAAAGGAGAUUGGACCGGAACAGUUUCCCGUAAAUGAACACUACUUUGGCUUGGUUAAUUUUGGAAACACCUGCUACUGUAACUCAGUGCUGCAGGCUCUGUAUUUCUGUCGACCGUUCAGGGAGAAGGUGCUGGCGUACAAGGUGCAGCCUCGCCGUAAAGAGUCCCUGCUCACCUGCUUGGCUGACCUGUUCAACAGCAUCGCCACACAGAAGAAGAAAGUCGGCGUUAUCCCGCCCAAGAAAUUCAUCUCACGGCUGAGAAAGGAAAAUGAGCUGUUUGACAACUACAUGCAGCAGGACGCCCACGAAUUCCUCAACUACCUUCUCAACACCAUCGCUGACCUUCUCCAGGAGGAGAAGAGCCAGGAGCGGCAGCAGAACGGAAAGCUGGUGCAGAAUGGAGGUGGAGGAGUGGGCGGAGGAGGAGGGGGAGUAGGAGGAGGCGGUAGCGAAUCAGGAGGAGGAGGUGGAGAAGGGGAAGGAGGGAAGGAGACGCAGCAGACCUGGGUGCACGAGAUCUUCCAAGGAACGCUGACCAACGAGACGCGCUGCCUCAACUGUGAAGCUGUGAGCAGCAAAGACGAGGACUUCCUGGAUCUGUCUGUGGAUGUGGAGCAGAACACGUCGAUCACGCACUGUCUCAGGGGCUUCAGUAACACAGAGACGUUAUGCAGUGAAUACAAGUAUUAUUGCGAGCAGUGUCGCAGCAAACAGGAAGCCCAGAAAAGGAUGAGGGUAAAGAAGCUACCCAUGAUCCUCGCCCUCCACCUAAAGCGCUUUAAAUACAUGGACCAGCUGCACCGCUACACCAAACUGUCCUAUCGUGUCGUCUUCCCCCUGGAGCUCCGCCUCUUCAACACGUCCGGGGACGCAACCAACCCAGAUCGUUUGUACGACCUGGUGGCUGUCGUCGUGCACUGUGGCAGCGGUCCAAACCGCGGACACUACAUCACCAUCGUCAAGAGCCACGGCUUCUGGCUGCUGUUUGACGACGACAUCGUAGAGAAAAUUGACGCACAGGCGAUCGAGGAGUUCUACGGUCUGACCUCGGACAUUUCCAAGAACUCUGAGUCAGGAUACAUCCUGUUCUACCAGUCCAGAGACUGAACCAAGGCGGUCGUAAGUCCCCAACAGACUGUCACUCAACAGAGGGGGGAGGGGCUUAUGGCAGCCACCUGCUCCGCCCUCACUUAAGUAUCCAGGCUUAUUUCCUGUAGGCGGAGCUACACUGGAGCGCCACUCGGGACGGGUUGAGACGUGUGCGGCAGGUCUUGUGACGGCCUUCUGGAUUACCGUUCAAAUCCUCUGUGUCCACACUGCUGCAGCAGAGCACCUUAAAAAAUAUAUUUUAAAAAAACAUCCACUAGAACCCCCCACCCCCCCUGGCAGAUUCCACAACACUCGCUUUGCACUGUGGGCAGACUGACCAAUCCAAGAGGCUGACAUGUGGAGGACGAGCAGGAGGAGAUGAUGCAGCAUAACCAGCUGUUUUGGAUGCAACUGGUGUCGGGGGGUUAAGGUCCGAGUCGGCCCUUUUUGUGGCUUGUUGCACUGACACGCAACUCCCCCAAAGAUUCCUUUAACGUCUGACGGCACUGUCAGAAGUCCCACCUGUCACAGCAAAACCACUGACACUACCUGUAGUGAGUGAACGGCUUGAAUGUGAGCGCGGCGCUUUGAUGAUAGUUUGCGGUGUUUUGUAUAGUGAAGUUUUGCCAAUCACGUCCUGCGCAGUGUUACAGGCGAUGGUUGAAAUGGAAACCAGCCACCAGGGAGGUGCUGAUGGAGCUGAAAUGUUCCCCACACUCAUGAGUAAGGCUCUUUGUUUCAGGUUUAAAAUUAUUAACUAAAAAAAUAAAGAGAAAAAAGUGAAACCAGUUGACCAAAAGUACAAUUUGCAGCUUAUAUAAUUUUUUUUUUUUUUAAACAACCCUGUUUAAAGAAAAGAAUACUUUGCCACAUGUUAUAUUUUUUAAUCCAAUCCUUUGGCUCACCAACAGUCCUGUUCUAGAUUCCAGAGUGUCUAAAGUGGCUGGUGGUUAAACUUCCUGGUGUGUUGUGCCAUUUUGAGCCACUCGUGGUGCCACAGUGGGGGAUGGAAAAGAGCUCAAAGGAAGUAUUUCAACAGCAUAAGCUAAUUUUUAAAAUGCCAGCUUCUCAUGGUUUUGACAGCAAGCACACGCUCCUUUGCUCUCAAGGAUGUGUUGUUGUAACAUGUCUGACUUUUUUAAAGAUGCCACAAUAUGCACAUUUGUAUUUUUUUUUUUUCUUUUUAAAGGGACGCACUAUGAGACUAAUGCUUUUUUUUUCCUUUAAGUCAGCUCUGAUAUCCACUUUACACACUACAUGACAUGCAGUGUCGAAGUUUGUCGAGUUUGUCUCAUGUGCUUAUGGAUGCCUCUCUGCGCACACACGCCUUUACCCUUCUACAGCUGGUUCAUCUCGCAGUUUCAGCCACGCUCAGGCCAAUUUUGACUCUGGCUUAAGUGUUUUUCGUGCAGCUGCAGCUGUGGCAGGCAGUCAGGUUUUUACAUAACACGUUUUCCACUCCAGAAUCGUAAAUUGCAGCCUUUGGUAACGCUGAGUGAUGCUAAAGGUCUGCGGAUGUGAUCCGCUGAUGCUCGGCUACACAGUUUAUUUUAUUGCAGUAAGACCGUCUCUUUCUCAUGUUUGUCUCGGACGCUUUCAAAUGGCUUCCCCUCCUCAGCAUCAACAGCAGCUUCAGAUUUAGUGGCGAAGCAUCCUGUGAGAUGAGAUGCAUCGUGGUUAUCUUACUGUUUCUGAAAUGCUCAUUAAAUUGCAGCCUGGGCAGUUGCAUUAAAUUGAGUUACUUGAAUGUUAGCGCUACUCUGGGCAGCUGAUUGAAGCUAAUUAAUCAGCUGAGCAUUUAGUGAUUCCAGUAAGUAGUCACUUCAAGUGAUCACAUAACUGGAUAAUUUUGGGCAGGAUUUCUUCUUCCUUAGUUUAAAAAAAAAGAAAGAAAAAAAAAGUAAAACUUGCAUAUGUAGGUAGGUUAGACGAAAAAUGAUUAACUGCAGUCUUCCUUUAGAGGGGUAAAAGUGGAGAACUGGGUUACAUAGUAAAAUUCAUAAGUAUAACCAAGAUUUAUGUUUACUUUCUCUCUUCUUAUUUCAGGAUAUUAGAGAUUAAUGUGUUUGUGUAGGUUCUCGGUCAUCCAGGUGAUGUUGGUCUUGACAGCUUUAAGGAAGAAACUGCACUUAUUCACUGCACUACUUCCAAAGGGUCGACCCCCAUUAGGGGUUAAAAACCUGAGAGACACCUUUUGCAUUUAGAACUUUUUCAAGCUCUCUUUACUACAGAUUCACCUUAAAACUGCUGACAGGCUCUGCUGCCGUCUUAGUGGUGCCGAAUUCAGAUUGUUAAGGCUUCAGUCACACAGGCCUGCAGACAGGUCGGUGAUCAUCCGGUGACCAAAAGUUUAUCCUCCAACCAGUUGGCAAGUGGUUGCUUGCUUUUGCCAGGGUACUGCAUCCAAAACCUCCAACUUGUGGUCGCUUUAUCGAUAUUUGACUUUAAAGGUCUCAGUUUUCCAGUUUGCGUCACACAUUUUGCAGUUGCACUGUCAGCUGUCGAGUAUUUUGUGAGUCCUUCAUGCAAACUACCGGUGACCACGGCAACCUGCUAGCAACCAAAGAAAUCGCAAGGGGGCUUUCGGUGCAGCGCCGUAUACCUCUUUGGGACCAGUUCCAUGCUAGCUACUGAAGGCAACCACUUGCCAACCCAUCUAGGAACAUACAAUUUUCCCUAGCAACCAAUGGUUGCCAAAUGCCGCCAGCUGGUCUCUAGGGCUGUGUGUCCAGUACAGCCACAGAACACAGAAAAUGAAGUGUUUUUUGGUCUGUGGUUUUUUUUUUUUU